AUGGCUCUGAUCGAGGAGACGAAGCGCCUCGUCGCGCAGUUUGACUACUCCGACGAGGAUGUCAACAAGAGUGUCAAGGAGUUCCUCCGUCAGAUGAACGAGGGCUUGGAAAAGGAGGGGAGCAGCAUAAGCCAGAUCCCGACCUACGUGACUGGAGUGCCCAAUGGCACGGAAAAGGGACUGUACCUUGCGGUCGACCUUGGCGGCACCAACUUCCGCGUCUGCUCUAUCCACCUCAAUGGCGACACCACAUUCAACCUGACUUUCAACAAGGUUGCUAUCCCUAAAGAGCUCAUGGUCGCCAAGAAAGCCGAGGACCUCUUCGCAUUCCUUGCCAAGCAGAUCGAGGCAUUCCUCAAGGAGCACCACGAAGAUCACUUUGCUGCGCACAUUAGACGUCGCCAGACGGUUAGCACACCUGAAGGCUACCGUGAUGAGCACAUUUUCCGCCUCGGCUUUACCUUCAGCUUUCCCGUUCAGCAAAUCGGCAUCAACAAGGGCACGCUGAUUCGGUGGACAAAGGGCUUUGAUAUUCCUGACGCCAUUGGCCAGGAUGUCUGCGCCCUCCUGCAGACGGAGAUUGACAAGCUCCAUCUGCCCGUCAAGGUGGCUGCUUUGGUGAACGACACCGUCGGCACUCUCAUGGCCCGGUCUUACACUUCGCCUGGCAAGACUGCCACCUUGCUGGGUGCCAUCUUCGGUACCGGCACCAACGGUGCCUACGUCGACAAGGUCACCAAGAUCCUGAAGCCAGUUGAGGGCGAGUACGACAAGUCCACUGGAGACAUGGUCAUCAACACGGAAUGGGGCUCGUUUGACAACCAGCUCAACGUCCUCCCCAACACGACCUACGAUAUCGAGCUCGAUAAGAAGAGUGUCAAUCCCGGCAUCCAGAUGUUUGAGAAGCGUGUCUCGGGAAUGUUCCUCGGCGAGAUUGUUCGUCUGGUAAUCGUUGACUUGAUCAAGAACCCCAACGUUGCCUUCUUCAAGGACGACAACUCGAGCACAAAUGACCUCAAGUCCACCACCACAAUCUCACCGUCUUCUUCCGUAUUCACGCAGUGGGGCCUGGACAGUGCUAUCAUGUCAGUCGCUGCUGCCGAUAGCACUCCCGAGAUCUACUCUCUCCGCCAGGCGCUUGAGAAGCAGCUCGACAUCUACUCGGCCUCUCUCGAGGAUGCCAAAGCGUUCAAGGAUAUCGCCUAUGCUGUCGGACGCCGGGCCGCCAGGCUAGCAGCCGUGGCGCUUGGAGCUGUGGCGCUCCAGAGCGGCAAGCUCACCGAGACUCCCGACGACAUCAUUGACAUUGGCGUUGACGGCAGCCUGGUCGAGCACUACCCGUUCUUCCGCGAUAUGAUCUAUGAGGCCCUGGCUGUCAUCGAUGGCAUUGGUCCUGAAGGCGCCAAGCGCAUCCGCAUUGGCAUUGCCAAGGAUGGCAGCGGCGUGGGCGCGGCCCUUAUUGCCCUGGUCGCCGCCGAGAUGGAGAAGAAGAACCCUGUCGACUACCUGACGGCUCUCAGGACUACCGUCACACAGAAGCUGGCAAGCGUGAUGCCCAGCACAGGGGAGUCGUCCGCUGUUGCGUGA